CGCAAAGAGCAUCGUCAUUUGAACUCUUUUUUGGGUCCAGUGGAAUGUCUUGAUUUUGUAUAGUCAAAGCGUCAACCAAAGGACUUUGAAGGCGUGCGUGACCCUUGUCAGCCCUCCCGGCUUGGGUCGGUCACAUGCCGUGAUCCGAAGGCUUUUUUGGUGCUGGUUGCAGAGUCGCAGAGUGCACGUCCUCCCGCUUAUUCCGGGGACUCGGAAAGGUCACUGUGUUUUUUUUUUUUUAUGUCUUUUCCUUCUUUAUGCUGGGUCCCUUACCAAUCUUGUUCAUCAAUCCCCUGGAAUAAUUGACGAUAACCAGAUAAUUUUUUUCUCGUCACGAGCACCUAUUUGACAGAGUGGCACACGAGCAAGAGUUUUGGUCUUUUUUAUUUUUUAUAUUUUUUAUAAUCUUCUGGCAUUAUUUUUUUGUUGCUCAUGGUUAAACAGUAAGCUCAGCCUAAGGUAUUGGUCACCGCAACCUAAAGCGGCAUCAACCAUAAACUUGUUGGCUUUACCGCGCUAGGUCUUUUAACUAGCCUUGGCUUAUCAUUUGAAAGCCACACUAUCCAUCGCUCCCUUUUCUUCGUCGCUGCCAUCUGUCGACCGAACGAUGCAGAGGAGGCCAGCCGCCCUCCGCAACACCCCAGACGACUUUCAUGCUGCACCAUCCCGUCGCACAAACGCAAGCCAUCCUCCGUCACCAACAAGCCGUGUUUGACGCAACCGCCACAUCCCCUCGCGCUUCGAGGAAAGACAAAUAUCUCGCGGCCGAAGCGUCCACCUGGCCGCUUACACUCUUCCAACGAGCCCGUGCUUUAGCGGGUCUCAUUGCGCUACCCCCGCUCCCGCCCUUUGCCCUCGACGUCAUCGACGGCGAGACCACCGGAGCCAUGCCGUCGACGCGCAGGUUACCGACCACUCGCGUCAUAUCGCCGAGCCCUACGCCCUCCGAAAUAGAUGCGCAAUCGCCUUCUGCGACUUCAACGUCGCAAGACACAUCAUACUUUGCGCCCGUCACGAGGUCCGCAGCUCGUAAGCGGUUAGCUACGCCGCAACCGGUGGAGGAGCAUAUCAACGAGGAUGAAGAAGAGAACAACCCGGAUCUUCGGCGGGCUCGAACAAGAAGUCGCAGUCCGAUGGACCACCAGCGUAUCAAACCUUUGAGCUCAACCAGCACCUCAAACUCGAAAUCAAAGACGAGCAGCGGCAGCAAACAGGCGUCGACGGUAAAUGGUCAAAUCAAUGGCAAUGGCAAAUCAGUUGAACCCAAUGGCCAUCUCAAGCCCGCAGCCGCCAUGUCAACGUGGGACACCUGGCGUGAGACAUGGAGCCGCAGCCCGAGCCCUUUGGGUCUGAUUCCUAUUCAUCGUCAUUGGCGAACUUUUGUUCACAAGCACGAAGUACCGCGCAAGCUUCUGCAUGUCUCCAUCGGCUUCCUAGUCGUAUGGCUCUACCUGUCUGGGACGCAGGCAUCAUCGGUAACGCCGUGGUUGAUGGCCCUUUUGGUCCCCAUCACAGCUGUCGACCUGCUGCGCCAUCACCAUUCUGGCUUCAACAGGUUGUACGUCAAGGUCCUCGGCGCAUUGAUGCGUGAGUCCGAGUUCGCGGGCUACAAUGGUGUCAUUUUCUACCUUUUGGGCGCCUGGACAGUGCUUUACUUCUUCCCCAAGGACGUUGGUGUGGUGGGUACUUUGCUGCUGAGCUGGUGUGACACGGCAGCGUCCACAUUUGGCCGACUGUACGGCGCCUACACCCCGCGAAUCCGCCGCGGCAAGUCUCUUGCUGGGUCCACAGCUGCUUUCAUCGUCGGUGUGGCCACGGCCGGUGCGUUUUGGGGUUGGCUGAGGCCGACAUAUGGCCCAUUCCAGGGCGACGACGCCUUCAUGUUCACCGGGUCGCUGGCGCUUCCGCAGGCUGUUUGCGAGGCCGUUGGUGUGUCGCGCGAGGCAGCUACCAUUACAGGACCGCUAGCCCUUGGCGUCAUGAGUUUGUGGUCUGGGUUCGUAGCCUCCGCUAGUGAGGUUGUGGAUGUUUUUGGAUGGGAUGACAACCUUACCAUUCCAGUCUUGUCAGGUGCUUUCAUUUGGGGCUUUUUGAAGGUAUUUGGGUGAAUUCGGGAAUUAAGCAACCACGAGCUAUGGCGUAACCUAGUUGCUUUGUCGCGUUGAUGCCAUGCCUCAACUUCGACACAUGGAUACCUUUUCCUUGUGCUACGCCGGGGCUCAUGAGCUCAGGAAACACCAACUCCACUGCACACACCCCCGGCAUCUCUGUCUGAAUUAAGAGACUACGAGUUACAAACACGCCAAAGUGCAUCGCGAUAGACGUGUCUAGGCUGGGUUAGGGGCUCAAGCUUUUGCCGCUCCCCAGCCGGCCUAUGGCAGCUGCAUUAGAGCUUCAGCGACAUGGCAGGAAAUUUCUUCAGAUUACCAUAAUCUCAUUUCUUGUGAGUUUAUAAGGCUGGCGAGCGUUCAAUUCCCUCAAUGUUCGAGUCAGAGGAACAACUGGUCCGUUGUCCUUGGUCUUUGGUUUUCCAGGACCUGCAAAACUUUAUUUAUACCUCUUUGUAUCUAUGCGAUCUGUUUUUCUCUUAUCCGACAUUUUGUCAUGGGCAUAUUUUUUGGGCUACGAUUGCUUAUACCACAGGUUGCAUCUUUCAUUGGGAUUUUGCAAUGACCUUGCAUGAUUGAAUAUUGGAGUCCUGGGGUAUGACGUUGUUGGAAACUCUUCCCUGUAUAACACGGGCGUUGCAGGCUUUUAGUUGUCAUUUUUCUUUUUUUACUAUCUCAUGAAGAAGCUUAGUGAUUGGUUGACAGUUGUUUAAAUAUGGAUGCACCACAUUUUCUUGUAUUUGGUAUACAGCAGGUUAGGAGUUGGGCAAAGGGAUACCAUGGCUGGAUGAGUGAGAUAAGGACUUUUACAUAGCAGACGAUACUUCACUAUAAAUCAUCUCUAUAUGGUAUCUAAUUCAAAGGGAAGUCUUGUGAAACUUCACAUGGUAUCAUCAUCUUAUUUACAGGUCAAAUUUAC